UCUGUGCUUAAGGUGGUCCGAACCCAUAUGAUUGCCCCACUCUUACAAGAAAAUCACAAAUAAAAGCAAUUCGUUUUUAAACCCCCAAGCUUUGUAUCCAUCACUUUCUCUCCCACCCAAAAAUCCAAAAAGCAAAAAACUAAAAACUAUAAAAUAAGAAGGAAAAAAAAAACAAUGUCAUGGUUAGGUCGGUCGCUGGCGAACUCGCUUCGUCUCGACGACGGUGACAAUGAAUCAGCUUCUUCAGGGGAUGAAGAAAACGACGUCGUAACACACGAGUCUCAAUCAUCGCCUCCUCCAAGGCACAAGAUUCAAAACGAAGAAACCAAGGUGGAACAACAGUCAUUGUCCCCCGAACAAGUAGCUGAACUCCAAUCGCGUGGCGUUAAAGAAGACCUAACCGAACUCAAACAAACCCUAACACGCCAACUCUGGGGAGUCGCUUCCUUUCUCGCUCCGCCACCUCCUCCCUCGUCUCAUUCUUCGGCGCAAUUCAAUGGCCAAUCAAAUAAUCGAUCGUUCUCUAAUUUGAAUCAAUCUGAGCCGUCGGAUCAAUCUUUCUCCGGGGACGAAGAGCAUCCGUCUGAUUCUGCGGCGGCUGCGGGGAUUAUGGACGAUUUAACUGAGAUCGGUGGAAGGUUAUCGAAGAUGGCAUCUGAUUAUUUUCCGUUUGGAUCGGGGGAAAAUGAGGACCAAAACGAGAUGGAAAAUGAAAAUGACGAGGAGGAGGAGGAUCAGGAGUUCAAUGCGGUUGGGAUAACGGAUGAGGUAUUGGCGUUUGCGAGGAACAUCGCGCAUCACCCAGAAACGUGGCUGGAUUUCCCUCUUGAUCCAGAUGAGGACUUGGAUGAUUUUGACAUGUCAGUUACCCAACGAGAGCAUUCUAUGGCUAUUGAACAUCUUGCUCCGAGACUGGCAGCUCUGAGAAUUGAGCUUUGUCCUUGCCAUAUAAGUGACAGUUACUUCUGGAAAGUUUAUUUUGUUCUUCUGCAUCCGAGACUUAACAAGAAUGAUGCAGAGAUGCUGUCCACACCUCAGCAGGUAGUGGAAGCCAGAGCAUUGUGGAUGAAGGAGCUUCAAAAGCAAACAAAGCCUGAAACUAAUUGGUAUGGAAGCACUUCCCGCAUAGUAGACAGCUCUAGUAUCGCGCUGGAAGAUCUUAUUCCUUCCCAAUCCAGUUAUUUUGCCUUUGAGACGAUGUCACCUAGGACCUAUGUUUCUGAACCUGCAUCUAGCAUCACAACAGAUUAUGAGACUGAGAAGCAUCUGAUUGAAAGUAAUGAGAUGCCAUUUGUAGACAAGUCUGUUAUUGAAGAAAAACCGGUGUCCAACACUGAGGAUAGGGAUUGUCUGGUUGGUUCAUCCUCAAAAAUAUUGAUUCCAAAUUUUGAAGAUGAUGAGAUCGAUUGGCCAGAAGAUGAUGAUUCUGUAUUUGGCGGUUACAGUGGGGCUGCAAUUUUUGUGGAGAAUGAAGAAGAUAUUUCUUUUAGUGAUCUUGAGGAUAUUGAUGAUAGUAGUACUCCCACGAAAUCUAAGAUUGUUUCAAAAGUAUUUGAAACUUCUAAAACAUAAGCCCUAUGAUUGGAUUCAGCUUGGUGUAAGCUCUGCUGGUUCGACCAAAGAUGGAAAAACGAAAGGUCCUUUGAUUUGAUGUAAAACCUGGGAUUAUGGACACCAACAUCAUCAUGGUUGCAGGGGCAACAGUUGCAGGUGGUGAAGGUGUCUCGGGAGCUUGUUUGUAUACGGUGAGUGAUCAAUCAAUUGUUAAUAGAGUGAUUAUUGUCCAAGGAUUGUAACUCAAACGAUAUAGCGAUUUCCCAGGGUGGGAAAACUACGCUAUGUCAGAAAGGACGACUGCCUGUGUCGAUAGAAAAUGUACACGGAGUUUAAGUUGAAAUGAGAAUAGUAGCAUUGAGAACAAGUUUGUGAUUUGUACAGAAAAUCUGUAGUUAAAGGUUCCAUUUUUAGAACUUGAAGUUUGCCCUUAGAUACAGGAGAUAUUUUUUAAAUCUUUCUGCUAACAGUUAUGUAAUAAGAUGAGAUCAUGAUUCAUGAGAUUCGAUUCUCAUAUUUGCUAUUGUAUAAUAUAUGAAUUCUCUAUGUAAUUAGAUCGGUGGAAGGAUCAUGUGCUUUUUUAUUCAAUUCUGAGC